AUGCCGUCGCUUGCACUUCCAUCCAUUGUACCGCAACAGUCGACUGCGCGAGCAUAUCGUGCGCGGUUGCUUUCAAAUAGGCCCUUUGUCUCUGAUGCUGAAGAUGUUGAUGACACGGAUACCCUGGAACUUCAUUCAUUGACGUCGUCCACGUCGCAUUCACAUUCUUGCGAGUCUUGCUCACAUCUGGAGGCAGACUUUGCGGGUGCCGUGCUAUUUGUAAAGAGUUAUCAGGGCCCACACCGCAUUUUGUCGCAAGAAAACUCGUCACCCAAGAAAGAUAUGUACGCUUACUACCAGCAAGCCACCGCAGGACCUCUAUUAGCUUUAACGCCGCCUGUCGGACUCAACAAACAUGAGCUUGCGAAAUGGGAAAAAUGGCGCGAACUCGGCAAUAUGACACGGCAGGAAGCCAUGAAGCGUUAUACGACGGUGCUUGAUAAUUUGGUUGAUGAUUGGCGUCGCAUUGCAAAUGAGCGCAAUUAUACUAACGAAAAUAACAACUCAUUCGAGACAGACCACGUCAUUGCUGAUCAACAAACGUCUGAAGCUGGAUCUACCACUCAUGGCCAAGUGAAGAGAUCUAACAGCAUGUUUGACCGUUUGCCUCGUAUCUACGACGAACUGAUGGAAUUACAGGAGCGUGUUGAGGUCGAAACCAAGAAACGUGUUGAGCUAGAGGAUCACUUGUUGCAUUUGACACGUGAUUAUCGCUCCAGCUUGAAGGAAGAGCUUGAGCAGAUGGGGCAGAUCCGCAAGAAUUUAGUAUCACUAGUCAAGAACCUUGAAGACGACGUUGUCCAACACAAAAGUGAGCUACAGCGAUUGACGUCAAAUCAACAAAAGCUAGCUUUUCGCAAUGAUAAUUCAGUUCUUCUCUUACUGGAAGCCCGUGCGCUGAAGUUCUUGCAGAUAUGGGUUCGAAGCCGAACAAUUCGCGCGUCGCUUGCUGUGCUCAUUGGAUUACGUUUAUGGUAUUGUCUACGCAAUCGCCGCCUGCCGCAGUUUUUGGCACACAUUCUGAUUCGGUGGAUACAAAAGUUUGCCUCAUUAGACAACACAAACACAUACGCUUGA